AUGGCCAGCAACGACAGGGGCCAUGAUCCUUCGCUUGAAGCGAAAAUCGCGGGUAUCGAGCAUACGAUAGAGAUGAUGGUGGGAGAGGCUCUCAACACGAUGAGGAAAGAAAUGCGUACACUCGAUGAUAGAUUGACUCGCCGAUUCGACAGCGACCAGAAAGAGGAGGUGGCCAACCUCUACAACAUGAAGCGCGAUCUGACUGUCCAGAUGAACGGCGACAUAGCUGCUGCUGAGGACCGAAUCACCAGGCGGUUGGACAGCGAGCGCCGAGAACAGAAGGAAGCCAUGGCGGAGCUCCGUCGUGAAAUCAAUGCUCAGCAAGCUGUGCAGGACACAGCUUCGUUUGCCACCCAACGUGUGGUACCCAAAGAAAGCGACGACGUUUGCAAGCUCCACUCAGCUAUGGAGGAGAUGCGCGCUGUGGCUGACAAUGCUCAGCAUGAUGUCAGUCGCCUUGCCCAAGACCUUGCCGAGCAAAAGACCCGGUGUGAUCAUAUGGAGGCGUCAAUGCAAAGGUCAGUGCCCAAGAACGACGACAUCUCGGCCCUCCGGCAAGCCCUUGACAAGACGCACCGCUUAGCGGAUCAGGCACAGAAGGACUUCAAGCGUCUCGAGAAGGACCUGGCAGACCAAAAGCUCCGCUCUGACAACAUGGAGUCGUCUGUUCAGAGCUUGGCAGCGCCAACCAGAGGCAGCCUCGGCGACAAUUCCGAUCUGGUUAAGGUCUUGGCCACGAUAAGUGCAGAGCCCGUCGCUCAAAUGGAGCAGAAGAUUCAGCAGCAAAUGAGCGUCAUGGAGAAGGAGCUCAUCAAGCAGAUCGAGGUUGUAACUGAGGACCUCUCUGGCAAAUUCGCAGCAUUGGAUCCAGGCCAAUAUCAACAGGAACAACUGGCACCUGUGGAAUGUUCUGUGCAGCCAAUUUCCUAUCCGGGAUAUGUUCCGCCGGAACCUGCAUAUGUUCCACCGGAACCUGCACCUGUUACUCCAUAUGCUGAUGUUACUCCAUAUGCUGAUGAAAUCUAUCCUGACUAUCCGGCUUCAACGCCGGCACAAAACUACCAGCAGUCACGAGCCUGCUACUGUGGGAGCAUCGGCUUGCCCGUCACCCGUGAAGCAGACAUCUACAGCGACCAUGGCCCGGUUUCCGACCUUGGCAUGCAUCCAGCUUCUUACGGAUCGAUCCAAGCUCCUUUGGCGGCUGAUUACUUUGGUAGCUUGGAUGGCGACGGCGGUGGUGUAUAUGAUGCCGGUGGAGGAUACGAAGAUGGAUACGAGCAGUUUGCAGGCGGGGAGAUUGCCCCGACUCCUUCUUUCACCACCGUUAGCUACGGCCCUCCCACGGUUGUUGGCUUUGGGCCACCAGUGCUCCAUUCUGUUACCACGAGGAUUGGAAGGCCGAUGUCUCCCGUCCGUGAAGCUAUUCGUGAAGCCUCGCCUAUCCGAGGUGCUUCACCGGUGCGGGGGGCUUCGCCUAUUCGAGGAGUGUCACCGAUAAGGUCUACAAUGCAAUAUCAGCCCAGGCAUCGUGAGCUUUCUCCACUUCGUGCGCGCAGCACAGGUGAUCCAACAGCGUACCACUUCAAUCCUGCCGCCAACGGCCGAUUGCUGGCCAUGACCCAGGUGCCUGUUCCAGGUUUCAAGCGUUGA